AUUCGUUAAAAAUUCCUUUUAUUUAUUUUCCAAAAAAGCGUUUUAGAGAGGUUUCUGCAAAUUAUAAAUAAAAUGCAAUGAAUAAUAUUGAAGAAAAACAAGUUCCCGAUAAUGCUGCUUCGGGGAAUAUUUCAAAAAGCAAACCUAGAGUUCGUGGUAGAAAACGAAAGCGACAAGACAGUGAAAGUAGCAGUGAUAUAGAGGAUGAUUUACCUGAAAAUACACUGGAGACAGAGAAAAACUUACAGACUUUGGCUAUUAAAAAUAACUUAGAUGAUGUUAGCGUAAAAAAAAUUCUAAAGAAAGUAGUGACCAACGAUCAUGUUCUGGCUCUAGUCAAGAUGCGAGAAGAAGAAGAAGAUUCAGGCAUCGAUGGUGGUCUCCGACCCAAGCUUACAAGAGCAAAAGCUAAAGAAUUGAGGAAGGUGUCUCACGGGAAUGCAUGGCAUCGCAUAGAGUUGACUCCUAUCAAGCAUAUACCAGUAAAGACCAGGCCUGAAGUGACGGCUCUGAUCGCUCAGGAUCUGCCUGAUGAUGAAGACGAUGAGGAGUAUGAACCGACGCAUGAUGAUAGCGAUGAUGACGUCACGUGCAGUGAUUUAGAUUCACAGCCGCGAACACCGGCCACUCCUGCGAGCCAAAAGAAAGAAAACCAGCAGCUUGCUAAAGAUGGACCCUUUAAAGUGCCACAAGAAGUUUCAGUAACAGUUCGCAAAAAGUUGGAUCCAGAAGAAGAAGCAACCAUAGCUCUCCGAACUAGAUCCAAACUAAGCCUCUCAGAGACACCCAUAGAGCAUAUAGAGAGUUCGUUCAUACCGCCCGACGAUCUUCCAAUGCCGGAUGUGGAUGAUCUAUGGAAUGAAUUUCUGAAUGAAUGCAUGAAUCCAGAAUCUAAAGCUAAUGAAGAUGAUGACGAAUUGGACCCAGAGUAUAAUGUUGCGGCGGAUCCUGAUGCAAAUGAAGAAGACGAAGAGGCUUUAGAAAAGGGUAUAGUAAAAAUAUCAAAGAAGGAGUUGAAUGAUUUGGUGACUGAGCUAAUGAGUGUGAUACCAGAGGGAGUGGAAAAUCAACUGACUUCCAACAUACAGGUUGAUCUGAUUCAGGGAAACAAUGAAGCUGUAGCUACAGGAGUUGUUUCGGGCCCUGCAAAUAAAACUGAUGUGGCUCAAACACAUUGGGAAGGCAAACAAGAGCCUAUAUCGGAUGACGAAUCUCAAACUACUGGUAAAGCAGCAAGAAUAACAUUUGAAUCCAGUAACACUAUUACUCGAGUGUCCAUCGGCAAGAUAGAGAUAGAAGAUGUGGAUGAACACGAGAUAGACAAGGACAGCGCACAAGAUACAUCAAUGGCAGAUAGGGCUAAAAUUCCUAAGACAGAAGUUCCUACUACUGGAUCUUCGGAUGUACCAACAACUACAGGUCCUCGUGUUGUUACAAUCUCAGUGGAAGAGCGGGAGCUUCCUGUGGCGGAGCCUGCGCCGCCGCCCCUGCAGCCGCCAAUGCCUCUGUUGCGAUUAGUUGAACCGCAACCUCUCACGGUUAACAUUGAAGUUGACAACACUGUAAAGGUGUCGCCGGAACAAGUGAGCAUAUUGGAGCAGCAACUGAGGCAGCAUAUUCAGCUCGCCACUUCCAACUUCUUGCAACUCUUCGUACACCCCAUACAUUGGCCUUACGCACCUAAAUACAAGGAAUAUUUGGAAACUUUCAACAAAAUCGCCAGUGAGAACCCCAAGUCAGUAGUGAAUGUAUGCAACCUGACCCCCGCGGUAGAACUCGUCCGGACCUGGGAGACCACUGUGUCCGAAGAUACGGAGGAGAAUAAGAAAAUGAUAGAAUUUGUCCAAGCAGAAAUCGAAAAAUGCCGUCGACGUUGCGCGGCGAACAAUCUGUAUACGGGGGACUUUCCCGUACUGUUCAAGAAGGUGGUCGCCAACAGUCCAGUGUUCCUGUACCCCCACAUGCUGCCAAGUAUGCCCUACCGCGCCAAUUAUAUGACCAAGAGGUUCAGUUAUACGCAGCCGGAGGACGAACUCAUAGUGCUAGGAUUGGACCAAUUCUGGUGGUAUGUAGAAAACAACCCGGAAAUCUUUAAACCGCCCCGCAAAGUGCACCCCCGACAUCGAUGGGGUCUCAUGAUUACCGUUGGUCUGAUCUGCAAGCACAUGUUCCCCUGGCUCACCCCCAAAGCAUUGUUGGGGCAUAUACAGUGCGUGAGGAAAUCCGAAGAUAAAUCAAAUCCCAUAGUGAAAUAUUUUGCGGAGAGGACUAUAGAACCAGUGAGGCACAUGCUUUUGCCGUUUAAUCCAAAACUGACGCUCUACGAACACCCCGAGAUAGAAAUCCCUCGGCUCUGGAUCAAAUAUCUGUCAAUAAAUAGCAAACGGUUUAAAGUCUAUGGAAAUCGUCUAUGCAAAGUCGUAAGAGCUCCACAAGGUAUUGAAGUUCUAGCCGGUAAAUCAAUGGAACCAAUACAAAAGAAGGCUCUACCUAUCGACUUCAUAAAACCCAUAAGCUGUAACCGUGCUAACUUAUUACCAACAGUCCCUAAACCAAACUAUGUCGAUAAAUUCGAUGUACAUAUAACGACCACAACUUCAGAAAAUGUGCCAAAUACUAACUUUCUUGUAGCGUCAAAUAUUUAUACCCUAGUAAAUACUAGUACAGGAGCAAAAUUGAUGCCUUUGAAUAUUGUCCAAACUAGCACAGUUAAUAGUUCAACCACACCUAUUUGUUCUACUACUGUAAGUAGUACAAAUCACGCAGAAACUAAUAAAUGUUUAGAAGCCUACAAUGAUGUAGAAGAUAAUACGAAAAUAGCCGAAAUAAGUAGCAAAAAAAGGUUUAUAGUUAUAACACCGGAUAAUGCUUUGAAAACAGUCCAACAACUUAAUCACUGCCCAUGUUGCAUUUGUGUGAAGAGAAUAUGUAAAGUAAAACAGACAUUAGUGACAGAUUACUGGAAACCUAAUAUAGGAAAGGAAAAAGACUGUGAAUGUACUAAUAAAAAGUACCCAAGGUUAACGAAUAAGUUGAAAAUUUUAGUGAAUAAUUAUAAAAGUCUAUCGAAUGUUUUGUACACUGGGUUACUACAGAAACUCAAGGAGAAUCAAGAUGUAAGAAACAAAAUGAGAAACGAAUCGUCGGAAUUUAAUUUAAAAGACUUUGCAUCAGCCAUAUCAUACCAAACGAAACUCCUAAUGCGGACGGUUGUGAUAAGAAAUAACUCAAUCAAGAACUCCGUUUAUAAUACUUUCUCAAAAUUCGACGUCGAAUCUGACGAUCCUUUAGUGUUGGCCCAGAAAUUGUUAAAAAUAUUCAAUGUCGACUUAGCGGAUAUGUAUAAAGAGUUUCUGGGAUUUCUAACAGCUAAACAGGCAGCCACUCUUGGACAAUUCAAAGAUUAUUUCAUAGGCAAUUGUGUUGAAGAUUUACUGAAGAAAGUUGAGGAACAAGUGCAAGAUAGCGUUAAGCGUCGAGAGAUAUUUGAGAAGAUCAAAGAACUUUUCACUUGCAAGUCGGUCCCGCCCUGCGAAAUCUGCUGUGAUCUAUUGAUGAGUGUGCAGGAGUAUCCCGAACUAGCGCGAUAUAUAUUCUCACUGUUUCCACACCGACGGAAAGAACAGACGAAAGAGCAAUCUGCAUGCAGCCAAAAAGCCAAAAGUAUAGGUAAAACAGUCACUAGUACUAGUAAAGAUGCAGAGAAUAUUUGUGAACUAACAGAAAGCAUGAUCAAAGUUACAAGGAAUGUCUGUGAAGAAUCUGCCGUCACUAUGGACUAUGAGGCUGAUAAUUCGUGCAGCGAGGAAGAGCCCCAGCUUGCAGUAGACGAAGAUAGAGUACCUUCAACUGAUAACAGCAAUCCCGAUGACGUUUUAUCUGAAACAACUGAAAGAAGAGAAGAAAACCAAGAUGAGGAGAGAGUACAACUAGUCACUACUAUUAAAUAUGAACCAAUAGAAACAUGCGAAUUAACCGUAACCAAGACUGAAGUGCAGGAAACUAGCGAUACGGACAUGUCGAUGCUUAUCAUGUCAGAGGACGAAUCCAUCAAAACUGAACCAAUAGAAUGGACGAGAGAUGAAGACAAACUAAUUCUAGAACUACUAAAGCAGUAUUUAACCCCAGCAGAAAGAAGCGAUAAAACCAUUAUAGAAAUUGUUAAAGAAAAGGAUUUGUUGAACAUAAUAACAAAUAGAUUGUCCCAUAGGUCACCGGAAGAUGUUAGCGAACGUGUUCUGUAUUUGUUACAAAUAUUAAUAUUAAGCGAUUAUGGAGGCGAAAAAUAAUAUCACGAAUACUAAUUAUUUAUUUAUUGUAAUAAAAUAAUAAUGACCU